AUGAAGCUUGCAACCAGCACUAUCACUUUGCUCCUUUCCAUCCUGCUGACCGUCUCAGCUGCUCCAAUUCAGCGAGAUGUGUCAGCGCUGGAAGGAGCAUCGCCAGAAGGAGUCGUCCCAGUCGUCGGUGCCCGGGACGCCAGUAUCGAGGCCGAUUCCGAAGCCAGCAUGGCCUCUGAGACUGAUGGUUCCUUCGGAGACGCCUUGAGUGCCGACGAGGUCUCACAGUACGAGGAGCGCGGCAACCAUUGCGAUAGGUCGCUUCCAGUUGAGGCUCGCGGCGGCCACCACAACAAGUGCCCCCCACCAGCGGCACCUGCGCCAGUCAUCAUUGUCCCAGCACCUGCUGCACCGGCGCCUGUGGGAGUGCCUGUCCCCGUCCCAGAGCCUGUGGGAGUGCCUGUGCCAGUACCGGUCCCAGCGCCAGUGGGCGUUCCCGUCCCGGGCGUUCCCGUCACAGUCGUUCCAGCCCCGUACCAGUACGGCGGCCACAAAAAGGCAGACAACUCCACAGAAGAACCCGCUCCGACUGAGGGAAAGAGGCUGGUGUGA